UGAUGCGGCAUGAGCCAAUGGGCGAGCUGGGAUGGCCGAUCAGGAGAUGGUGAGGCGAGAGGCGGAGAGUGGAGGCCGAGACCGAGAGCCGCCUGAAGGAGCCGGGUGAGCGAGAGAGAGUGCCCGAGCCCCCUGACGGAGCCGGGAGAGUGAGUGAGCGAGAGUCCCCUGACGGAGCCGGGAGAGGAGGCCGCAGUAAAGAUCUGAUCAGCCAUGUCUGCUAAAGCCAUAUCAGAGCAGACAGGUAAAGAAUUCCUUUAUAAAUAUAUCUCCACAAAGAGUGCAGUCCAGAACAAGUUCAGAUAUGCCAGAUUGCAACCUGACACCGACUGGGACCUCCUCAUCCAAGAGCAUCCUUGGCUGCUAACAGAGCGUUUGGUGGUGAAGCCAGACCAACUGAUUAAACGUCGUGGGAAACUGGGCUUGAUUGGAGUUAACCUGGAUUUGAACGGGGUAAAGGAAUGGUUAAAGCCGCGUUUGGGAUUGGAAGCAAUGGUUGGACGGGCAAAAGGUGUACUGAAGCAUUUUCUGAUUGAGCCAUUUGUACCUCAUCAGCAGGAUGAAGAAUUCUACGUCUGCAUUUAUGCUGCUCGGGAAGGUGACAUUGUCCUGUUCCAUCACGAGGGUGGGGUGGAUGUUGGUGAUGUUGACUCGAAAGCCCACAGAUUCAUGGUGGAAGUUGACGGAAAUCUGUCUGAGCAGGAUGUUAUUACGCAUUUGCUCCAGCAUGUGCCUGAAAACAGGAAAAGCACUUUGGCCUCUUUUAUUGUUGGACUCUUCAAACUGUAUGAAGAACUGUACUUCACCUACCUCGAGAUUAAUCCAUUAGUUGUUACUGGCUCUGGAGUAUUUGUCCUUGAUAUGGCAGCAAAGAUAGAUGCCACAGCAGAUUACAUCUGCAAGAGUAAAUGGGGAGAUGUGGAAUUCCCACCACCAUUUGGGAGAGAAGCUUAUCCUGAGGAAGCUUAUAUUGCCGAUCUUGAUGCAAAGAGUGGAGCCAGUCUGAAGCUGACUAUCCUGAACCCUAAGGGUAGGAUUUGGACAAUGGUGGCUGGAGGAGGUGCCUCUGUUGUGUACAGUGACACCAUCUGUGAUCUUGGAGGAGUGGAUGAGUUGGCAAAUUAUGGAGAGUAUUCAGGUGCACCCAGUGAGCAACAGACCUAUGAUUAUGCAAAGACCAUUUUGUCUCUCAUGACCAGAGAGCAACAUCCAGAAGGAAAAAUUCUCAUUAUUGGAGGUAGCAUCGCUAAUUUCACAAAUGUAGCAGCAACAUUUAAGGGCAUAGUACGUGCAAUCAAGGACUACCAAACUCCGCUGCAGAAUCAUAAUGUCUCCAUUUUCGUUAGGCGAGGUGGACCCAAUUAUCAAGAGGGUCUCCGUGUCAUGGGUGAAGUUGGGAAGACAACUGGAAUUCCAAUCUAUGUUUUUGGAACAGAAACCCACAUGACUGCAAUUGUAGGAAUGGCACUGGGUCACCGAACCAUUCCUGACCAGCCACCCAUGGCUGCCCACACUGCCAACUUCCUGCUAAAUGCCAGCGGCAGUCCGUCAACUCCAGCCCCCAGCAGAACUGCUUCUUUCUCUGAUUCAAAAUCUGACGACACCAACAGAACAUCGAUGAGUCUGAAGCAGACCAUCCCUCACGAAGGAAAGGCAAGGCAAGAAAAGAAAAGAGGUAAAGCCACCACACUCUUUAGCUGCCACACCAAGUCCAUUAUUUGGGGAAUGCAGACUCGAGCUGUACAAGGAAUGCUGGACUUUGACUAUGUCUGUUCACGGGUUGAACCAUCAGUUGCAGCCAUGGUCUACCCAUUCACUGGUGAUCACAAGCAGAAAUUCUACUGGGGUCACAAGGAAAUCCUUAUUCCUGUUUACAAGAACAUGGCUGAUGCCCUGAAGAAACACCCUGAGGUGGAUGUUCUCAUCAACUUUGCCUCAUUGCGUUCCGCCUACGAUAGCACUGUGGAAACUAUGAGCUUCUCCCAGAUCCGGGCAAUAGCCAUAAUCGCUGAAGGAAUCCCUGAAGCAUUGACCCGGAGAUUAAUCAAGAUGGCAGAUGAGAAAGGUGUGACCAUCAUUGGGCCGGCUACGGUGGGUGGCAUAAAGCCAGGCUGCUACAAGAUCGGGAACACAGGUGGUAUGUUGGAUAAUAUCCUGGCCUCCAAACUGUACCGCCCUGGCAGUGUAGCAUAUGUCUCUCGCUCCGGAGGAAUGUCUAAUGAGCUCAACAAUAUCAUCUCCAGAACCACUGAUGGUGUCUAUGAGGGGGUUGCUAUCGGUGGAGAUCGGUACCCAGGAUCUACAUUCAUGGAUCAUGUUUUGCGUUACCAGGACACACCAGGAGUUAAGAUGAUUGUUGUCCUUGGAGAGAUUGGUGGAAAUGAGGAAUACAAGAUCUGCAUGGGGAUUAAGGAAGGACGAAUCUCAAAACCUGUGGUCAUCUGGUGCAUUGGGACCUGUGCAACUAUGUUUGCCUCUGAGGUGCAGUUUGGCCAUGCUGGUGCCUGUGCUAAUGAGAAUUCUGAGACAGCGGUAGCCAAGAACCAGGCACUGAGAGAGAGUGGAGCUAUUGUGCCAAGGAACUUUGAUGAACUAGGAGAGGUCAUCAAAAAUGUUUAUGAUGACCUGGUUGCUAAGGGUGUGAUCGUACCUGCACAAGAAGUUCCUCCUCCGACCGUGCCAAUGGACUAUUCCUGGGCCAGAGAGUUGGGUCUCAUCCGUAAACCAGCUUCCUUCAUGACCAGCAUCUGUGACGAGCGGGGUCAGGAGCUCAUCUAUGCAGGGAUGCCCAUCACGGAAAUCUUCAAGGAGGAAAUGGGUCUGGGCGGUGUCUUAGGCUUGCUGUGGUUCCAGAGAAGAUUGCCAAAGCAUGCCUGCCAUUUUAUUGAGAUGUGCCUGAUGGUAACAGCAGACCAUGGUCCCGCCGUCUCUGGGGCUCACAACACCAUUGUCUGUGCACGAGCAGGGAAGGAUCUUAUAUCCAGCCUCACAUCUGGCCUCCUUACCAUUGGUGAUCGAUUUGGAGGGGCUUUAGAUGCAGCUGCAAAGCAGUUCAGCAAAGCUUUCGACAGCAGCCUCAUCCCGAUGGACUUUGUCAAUAAGAUGAAAAAAGAAGGGAAGCUGAUUAUGGGAAUUGGACAUCGAGUCAAGUCGAUUAACAAUCCUGACAUGAGGGUACAGAUCCUAAAAGAUUUUGUGAAGCAGCACUUCCCAGCCACACCUCUCCUCGACUAUGCGCUAGAAGUGGAGAAGAUUACUACCUCCAAGAAACCAAAUCUUAUCCUGAAUGUUGACGGUUUUAUUGGUGUUGCCAUGGUUGACUUGCUAAGAAACUGUGGUGCAUUUACAAGGGAGGAAGCUGAUGAGUAUGUGGAGAUUGGUGCCCUGAAUGGAAUCUUUGUGCUUGGACGAAGUAUGGGCUUUAUUGGACACUAUCUGGAUCAGAAACGUUUGAAGCAAGGACUAUACCGUCACCCAUGGGAUGACAUCUCUUAUGUUUUACCAGAACAUAUGACCAUGUGAACAUUGUGUUAGCUUGGAAGGGGGCCUCAGUGCAGAAACACCUCCCUGAUCCCGCUCAUGUCAAAAAGUGUUUACAUCGCUUUUCUUCUGUGCACUGAAGUUCUUGAAGGAGGGGAAGGAAAUCUCACGUCUUGACUAAUUGUACAAACAAGAGCUUCGUGAAAUGAUGCAGCUGUUUUUAAUUAAAACCAAACCAAAUACAUGCCGUUGCAAGUCGAUUAGGAAGUAGCUGAAACCCAGUGCUAAACCGGGUGUGGGUGUGUACGUGCAGAAGUCACACAUUAUUUUGGGAAUCUAGUGUAAGCUAUAAAGAGAAAGCAAGGAAUCGGUGUUGUCAGGAGUUCUUUGUCUGCGUUGCCAUUACGGAAUACAGCAGAACCCAAAGUAGAAUUGUUCUUUCAUUUGAAGUAUUAUCAGGAAAAUUAUCCAAAAAUAUUUUUGCUGUAUUGCUAUAGAAACAUUUCCAUUCAGUGAAGCUUAUUCUCAGUUCAAGUAGGAUUUUUUUUGUUUACAAAAUCAGUAAGCUGGGAACUCAGUGGGGUUUGAUAAUUGUUAACUGUCUGAAAUAAGCAGCAAGAAAGUUGAACAAGCAAAACCCGUAGGCAACUUGCAAAUUAUAGCUAUCCACCUGGAGAUGUACUGGCAACUCCAUUCACUUGCACUUUUUUCUCUGCUGAUUCGACCUAAUUCUGCAGGGCCGGAGAUUUGGAAAGGACUGAUCUAGGUGCCAUUGCAUCUCUGAAUGAUCAGUCUUAACUUUGCAGACUGUGAUCUAUUGUAAGCAGCUUGAUGUUUACAAGUUAAUGGGAUUUUAACUUUGUAGCCUAGAAAUUUGUCAUUAUUAGCCAAUGAAUGCUUAGCAUCUUUGUAUGAUGCUCUUUUGUUCACUAUGUUGCUUAUGUUACAUUUUCUUUUAUGCUUCUGAUGUCUUCACUUGAAACAGUGGACAUUGGAACGUCACGCAGCUGUUUGUCUCGUGAUGUCAGCAGUGGCUCUCAGGUUUGUACAUUGCACGAGUGUGCACCAAAGGCAACAUAUUUGACAUUAAUUGGAACAACGCAAUCAGUCCGACUGAGGUGAUUACUUUCUCUUGCUGGGGUCUGCUGUACAGCUUCAAUGGCAUUUCAUCCAACCACGUUGCUGUGUGUAAGUCCUAUGUCGUAACUGUGCUGAUAUAAACUUAAGGGACCAUUUGUACUAAAUCUUUGUCUGCUCUGUGUGGUUUCAGAAUUUUAAUUUUAAAAUUAGGAGAUUGGGAAUGAGAUGUGACAUCCUGUUGAGGGAUUGAAGGGAAAUAGGGUCUUUAAUCAUUAGAAAUUCAGUCUUCAUACGUGAGCUGUAAUCAUAUGCACCUGUUUGACUGUGUUUUCUGCAUCGUCAAGGCACCCAAGCCUGAACCUAUAACCACAAAAUCUACCUGGUAUCUUCGUAUAAAUUAAAGUGUGUAAUUUAUUGGGUA